UGGCUGACAGGAGGGGCGGGCGGCUCCAGCACUUCUGGCGCCCAGGCCGGUGGGUGCGCUUCUGGGGUUCGCGUCCGCGCCGGGCUGUCGAGCGGGAUCCCGGUGUGGCCAGCGGCGGCCGUGCUGGCGGACGGUGUCAGCGGCGGGAUGUGUUCGGCCGGGGAGCUGCUGCGGGGCGGCGCCGGCAGCGGGGAGCGCGACGAGGACGGGGCGGCGCCGGCAGAGCCGGCGGAGGAGCGGGAGCCCCGGGCGAGCCCGCGGCGCAGGCGGCGGCAGGACGAGGGCGAGCAGGAUGUUGAAGAAUCACAAAACCACCCUGGCGAACCCAUUGGAGAUGACUACAAAAAGAUGGGAACACUUUUUGGUGAACUGAACAAAACCCUCCUCAGCAUGGGCUUCACACGGAUGUAUUUUGGAGAGCGAAUUGUGGAACCAGUAGUGGUCAUUUUCUUUUGGCUCAUGCUAUGGUUCCUUGGCCUACAAGCCCUUGGACUAGUUGCUGUUCUUUGCCUUGUCAUUAUUUAUGUACAGCAGUAAAACACUGGACAUUUGGUAGCCAUGUAUGUGGGUGAUAGAGCUACAGACUUGGGCUUUUUGAAAGCCAAAGAGUUUGGCAUAUUUCAUAUUGUAUACUAACUGUUUUGUAAUUAAAGUUAUAAAUGAAUUUCUUUAAAAUGCAACUUUUUGUUAGUACAAGGAUGAAUAUAUAUUUUUGACUAUAUAUUAGCUUAUUCAAACUCUUUUUCACUCCUGUGAUCUGUACCUACCUUUCGACACCUGCUUCCCCAUGCCAAAUCUGAUGGGGCAAAUAGCCUGGCAUGGAGCAGCAGUGGAGCAAUGCAGAUCUUGUAAAGUUCCAGUGAAUCAUUUUGGAAGAAAAAGGAAAAAUGAACUAAGAAUAAGUUUUAAUUGGAAAACUGUUCCACCCCCACCUUCACUGAAAAAUCCCAUUUGAGGGAGAUACUUGUCUGUCUGUCUUCUCUGCAUAGUCCAAAACAAGUAAGUGAUAACUGCCACACACCACCAUGGAGCUAUGAAAAUGAACGAUGCCAGCUGUUUCCUAAAGACUGAAAAUACCGUAUUUAUUAUUGGUGGUUAAGUUUGGGGGCUAAAUGUAAGUUUUUAUGUGUUAUACCUGAGCCUUCAUUACAUUGUAACGUUAGAGAUGAUUCUGGUGCUCAUUUCUUCCUGUGAGUUUUUAAGGCUGCACGCCUGGCAGUGCCUGUAAUUUGUACCUAGCCAAUUGCAUGUUUUUCCUAGAGACGUUCUCAGUGCAUUUGUUUCCAAAAGUUUAUAAUUUUAUAGUUCUUUUCUAACAAUUAUUCUAAGGUUUAAAACAAUGCCUUUUUCUGUCAUGGCAUGGAGUUUUUCCAAAAAAGAAUGAUUUCUAUCUUAUAAAAGAAAAAAAUCACAUCAUUUUUCUUUGAUAUCUGUAUUGAAGAAUACAAAAGUACAAAAUAAAAUACAUGCUUAAAUUGAGAACUCAGUAGCCAUUUGUAAUAUUCUAGGAUUAAAGUCAAUUGACUAGCCAUGUUUUUAAUGUUUACUAUGGGGUUUUAUAUUGAAGUAAGCAUUUCUUUAAAUAUACUUUGAAAAAUAAAAAUGGCUGAUACUUUUGGUUUUGUUAAAGAACCUAAAAUCUUUAUACUUUUAUCUAAGAGUCAUCUAAUUGAACAAAGAAACUUAAAUACAAAAAUGGGGCAGCGAGGUAUUUUUGUUUGGCAGGGCGUUAACUAAAGCAAUAGGGUGUUUACUGGGCCACUUUGUAAAGCCCUUACUCAUGCCAUUUUGAACAUUAUUCUGUAGGAAAUUUCAAAAUAGAAAAUUAUGAAAGCAGGAACACUAACAUGUACUGUGCAUCUGUGUGUUGUGUAUAAACACGGGCCUCUAAAAUUUGGCUUUUGAAAAACAAAAAAAAAGUUUGUGCUGUCCGUGUCUUUAUUGUGUUCGCGAUAUUUUUGUAAAUCACCUUUCUGAGAUGAGUAUCAGGGCAGGGUGUUUGGAAAAAGGGCCCUUUGCAUCCGGUAGGAUUGCAAGGUUCUAACAGAGGCCGGGAGACUUUGCAUAUGUGCACAAAAUGCUAAUGAGCACUUUCUUCCCUAGCACUACCAGGAAGGCUGAUUUCCUUUCAGAAUGCAAAAUAAAAGCAGUGGACAUAACAGCAGCUCUGGUCCUACCCGUGCUUCUCGUUAGGAAUGCUUUAAAGGAAGCCCUAGCAUUUAUACAUAACACCCUCUCAAUGCUAUGUAUGUGCACACUCGU